UCACACUCUACUCAUACUCGUCAAUUCGAUGUAAUUCCGAGCGGUCGUGUCUCUACAGGGCUCAUUGUAGUUCGCACGAAAGCCCUAAAGUGUUCCCAUUCAAAUGUAGCCCAUUCGUGUUGCUAACACCAAAAGCCAUCAUCUACAUCUUAAGAGGAAAUUCAUGAAAAUAUCGGUCGCGGUCUGAAUAAGUGAUUCGACCAUCGCCACCAGAAAAACAUCAGUCCUAUCCCGAUGGGUUGAGAACGCCGACUCCUUGUGUUUGUGGUCACACCACCGACGCUGGUAUAAGAAAAAGUGUUUAAGAGAAACGUGUGAAAGCACAAAACAAAUCACAAGCAUAUCAAAUGCAGGUUCCGCAACCAACCGGCGGAGAGAAGGAACCGUGAAAACGCGUCAUUAUAACAUCUUUGAUGGUCGCUCUCCCAUUGGAGAAAAUUGUCUACACGCACUGUCACUUCAUUGUUAUUAAAUUCCUAAAUAUCUUCUUCAUUUUAUAAUCUAUCGUUUAUUAUAUCAUAAUGAGCAAAAUUCUUAAAGUGGUCGGCGCCUCCUGGUUGCAAACCAAAAUUAGUUCCUAUAUCUUGGGGUUUCUAGGAAUCCUCGCUAUUCUGGCUCUAUUUGUUGGACAAAUCGAAAGAAUUCAAGAAGACGGGAACUACGCAGCUACAGUUUUUUAUUCAGAGAAGACGGGAUAUAGUAUCGAAUACUGGGGGCAAAGUAACGACCUCAGUGACAUUCCACGAGGAGUCGCCAGAGGUCAUUUCAGAGGCGACAUAGACACUACAGGAUGGUCGUUAUUAGAAGUGGAAACAAACAGUUCAUAUCCGGAUGAGGUCCAAGCUUAUGCGGCUGGUAUUGUGGAAGGAGCCCUAACCUGGUACCUUAUACAUACACACUUGGAAAACACAAUCCGAGCUCAAUGCGAAGAUCGACCCAUUGAAAAGCAAUGUGAUAAGUUGAAGGAUGCUUUGGACAAAUCAGCUAAUAUAUGGAAAACAUAUGCUGCGGAUAGAAGUGCGUCUGAUCCGUUUUGGCAUCACGUGUCACUACAUUACACCCAAAUUGGAGGUAUUUUCACGGGAUGGAAGCAUGGCGUUGAGCGAAGUCAGAAUGAAUACGAAACUGAUAUUUCGGAUCUUUACUGGUUGAACUCUAUCUCAGAAGUUGCAGAAAUCCAACAAAAACUCAACAUAUCCCUUGAUGACCCCACAGUUAACAUGCUUCCUAGCUUAUCCAGUGCUUUUAUAAGAAUAGUUAAUGACACAGAAGAUGAAACAGUUAAAAAACUUUACUUGGCACAUAAUACAGCUGCAAGUUACUCAUCAAUGACGCGAAUAAUGAAGAGGUACAAAUUGAACUACCAUACCAUGUCUAAAGAUUCAACACUAGCUCCUGGAAAAGCUGUGGAUUUUUCAGGAUACCCUGGUUCUAUUACGAGCCAGGAUGAGUUCUACGUUAUUAAAGGAAUGAAUCACAGGAUCGCAGUCGCCGGAACAACAAUAAAGAACUACAACAGUAAACUUUGGAAGGAUGUUAACAUUACAGAACAGAUUCCAAUGGGUCCCCGCAUAAGUGCAGCUAAUCGUCUCGCCACAAACGUUAGUUCUUGGAGUCAUGUCCUUGCGAAAAGCAAUUCAGGAACAGCUUGCAAACAGUGGCUCGUCUUGGAUUACAAUAAGUUUGAUCAAUUACAAAAUUUCCACGAAGAUAUCCCGAAGCAGGAUAAUAAAGAAGUAAUUAUGGAGACUACGGUCAGCAAUGACACAAGGCACACCAUAGUACAUCGAGCAGGCGCGGACCACACCAAGGGUUUGUUCUGGCUGAUCGAACAAGUACCUGGACGGACACAUUCCGCAGAUCUAUCAGAUGUUCUAUUGGAACAGACAUAUUGGGCUACGUAUGGACUGCCUCAUUUCCCUGAUAUAACGGAAAUCACAAAAGUCAACAAAAUGGAAGAAAUGUACGGACGGUUAUUUUCGGAAUCUGAUUCACCACGAGCUGUUACUUUUAAACGAGGCUACAAGAAUGCUACAUCCUUAGAAAGCAUCUUAAAACUUAUGAGACUGAACAAUAUUACUGCUAAUAUAUCAAGUAAUGACACUUGUGAGAAAAAGAAGUGUCUUUACGAGGAAAUCAGUUAUUCCGUGCCAGGAGUACGAGGUGAUUUAGUUGGAAAGCUCAAUGAGGCCUAUGGUGUGAUUGAUACUAAAGUCGUCAGAGGAAGCACAAUCAACGCUACAUUACAAUUAGUUGCUAUAUCCAGUCCACCGUUCACGGAGGCAAACGCCACGAAAAUACCUAUAAACAAGGGAAAUAUUGCUUCAAUUUACACCGAUAAGUUCGAUGAUGUGCCCAUGCUUAACGGCCUUGAAAUCAGAGAUCUUGUCAAACAAAGACGCCAAGAAGAGGAAGAAAAAUCCCUUAAAAUGUUAAACAAAGAUGUCAUCAAACCGUUUCAAUGGUCUGAAAGUGAAUUUGAUAAAGACGCACAUGAAGGCCUACCUGACGUCUGGAAUUUCGGACCGUUUGUGCCAAAUUGGUCUUGGUGAAUCUCAUAGCCAAAUGCAACAUACAUAAUAACUAUUUACCUUUUACCAUUUUAGCUCAAAUUACACAAGUGCCUAGUUCGUGAAAAUAUAUCCGUCCAGACAGUCUUGUUAAUUAAUUGCUUAAUUUCAUUACAUGAUUCAUUCCUAGUGGACCUUUCAUCAACUAUAAUUUUAUCCUCAUUUUUUUGCGUUCUUGAAUUCAUUUUGUCGUAACGUAAUUUAAUACCUUAUUAAAAUAAUUUAAUUUUUAACAUUGAAAGUAGGUACCAAUAAUAAUUUAUACCGUGUAUUUGUCUUUAUUCCUGUGUUUGUCAAAUUUAUGUUUAAAAGUCCUA